GCUCUGACGUGGGGGGAGCGCCGUGCUUGCCUCGCCUGUGGGUGUAGGGGGGGGAAGGCCUCGGAGUGGGGGCUCAGUUUGCCCCUCCUGGCUCCACAGCCGACCUCAGCGUCUCCAGGAAACGCUCGGGCGCCCAACCCGUCGUCAUAGCAACGCGGGAGGGGCCAGGGCGUCUAGGGGUGGAUGAUUGACGUGGGGGGUCUAGCUCGGGCCACCCGCCAGGGAGGGUGCGCCGGCCGGGUAUUAACCCUUCUGGGCCUAGAGUUGGGGAGCUGCAGAGGCUGAGGGGUGCCUUAUCUUCUCCCUGCCCCCACACCUUGUAGGCAACCCAGAGAGCAGCUGCCCCCCCUCCCCACCAGGAAAUGCUCUGGCGCCUGUUGUGGCUUGAAAGGGGGGGGGGACUCCUCUCCCACCCUCCCUGCGGUAGGUUGAGGGGAGUGGACAGACCGAGAGCUCAGAAGUACCUCCUCCAGCCACUGAGGCAGGCACGAAUAGCUGCUCUAGGUGUCAGGCUGUGUGUCUGUUGAGGGGACGAGAUGGAGGUAGGAGGAACCUGGCAGUUUGGAGGGGGCAGGGUGAGAGCUUUAUCCCCUACUCUUUUUUUUUUUUUUUUCAAGAUUUUAUUUAUUCUUGAGAGACACACAGAGAGAGGCAGAGACACAGGCAGAGGGAGAAGCAGGCUCAAUGCAGGGAGCCCGAUGCAGGACUCAAUCCCAGGACCCCAAGAUCAUGCCCUGGGCCAAAGGCAGGCACUCAACCUCUGAGCCACCCAGGCGUCCCUAUCCCUUACUCUUAGGGUCUCUUGGACUUUCAAAAUGUUGGUGCUGGGCCCUGGGAAUGUUUUCAAUCACUGUAGGCCUCGGGAGGUGCCUGCCCAAGCCUCUGGCCCAGCUUGGGGCCUGGGCAGGAGUCCUUCAGAGGCUGAUCUUUGAGAAGGGGCAGGAAGAGGGGGCAGCUUGCAGUACCCAAGGGGAAGGGUAUGUCUUCAGGGGUCCUUCUCUGACCCAACCAAGGGACCCUCUCCCCACUUCUGUGGGUCAGGAAAUGCUGUGUGACUGUGGGCAAAAUGCUUAACUCCUCUGAGCCCAAGUGGCUACAGUUUCGCAAAUUCCUGAGCAUCCCUGGGUGAUAGCUUGUGCCAGUCCCAGGGAUAGCAGUGACCCACACAGACCAUACCCUUCCUCUUGAAUCCUGUCAGGGGUGGAGUGGGGGUAGAUGAUCCAGACAGGUAAGAGUCAAGGGGCCCCCAGGGAAGUACUCUCUUUACUCAGUCCUUGCAGAGUUGUCCUCCUUCCCUAUCCUUUGAUGUGUCCCCUCUGUGCUGUAGACUAGGCUUCCAUUGCCCUCCUCCCUGCUCUGUUCCCAAAGGCAGACAGGUCUGGGACUUGGAACCUACCAGAGGAAGUGGCCUGUCAGCCUGUCCCCCUGCCAGCUCUGGCCUGCCACCAGCAUCUCCACCCUCUGCUGACAUGGGAACUCCCCUGUCUAGCACCCGGUCUUCUCCCCUCCUCCAACUGAAGAGAGGUUGGGAGCCUGGAGACCCCACCCCAGUAGUCCUGCUCUUCCUUCCACUCCCUAUUGGAGGAGGAGGGGGAGUGGUCUGCACAGCAGCUCUAGGGAGGAGCCCUCUGGGAGGGAGUUUCCUCUUGAAGCUGCCAAUUGAUUUUUGUGUGUUUGGGGUGUCUUGUGUCCAACUGGGAGUCCAGCUAACCUGCCUUUCCAGCCAGGAGGACAUAGGGCCUGUUGGGAUGGGCCUGGAAUCCGGGACAAUGCUCUCACUAGUCUAAGAGCGCUGUAGCGGCUCCCAGUCCUGUGAUGGGGAGCAUGGCCCCCAAUGACGCAAUGGCAGCGGGCCCCAUGGCACCCGGAUUCUUCCAGGGCCCCCUCGGCUCCCAGCAGCCCCCCCACAACCCCAACGCCCCCAUGAUGGGGCCUCAUGUUCAGCCCUUCAUGUCACCGCGGUUCCCAGGGGGCCCCCGGCCCACCCUGCGGAUGCCGAGUCAGCCUCCUGUGGGCCUCCCUGGCUCCCAGCCCCUCCUCCCUGGCACCAUGGAACCCUCCCCGCGAGCUCAGGGGCAUCCAAGCAUGGGCCCGAUGCAGAGAGUGACACCUCCACGGGGCAUGGCCAGCGUUGGACCCCAGGUGAGGGCUGGGUCCAGGAGAGGAGGUGCACGUCAGGGGCUUCCCCCAACACCUUGGCCUGCACUCACAGCCCUUUUGCUUUUCCAGAGUUAUGGAGGUGGCAUGCGGCCCCCACCCAACUCCCUUGCUGGCCCAGGCCUGCCCACCAUGAACAUGGGCCCUGGAGUGCGAGGCCCGUGGGCCAGCCCCAGUGGAAACUCGAUUCCCUAUUCCUCCUCCUCCCCUGGCAGCUACUCGGGACCCCCAGGAGGAGGUGGGCCCCCUGGAACACCCAUCAUGCCCAGUCCUGGAGACUCUACCAACUCCAGCGAGAACAUGUACACUAUCAUGAACCCCAUUGGCCCGGGUGCCGGCAGGGCUAAUUUCCCGCUCGGUCCUGGUCCGGAGGGCCCCAUGGCGGCCAUGAGUGCGAUGGAGCCUCACCACGUGAAUGGAUCCCUGGGCUCGGGCGAUAUGGACGGGUUGCCGAAGAGCUCCCCCGGCGCCGUGGCCGGCCUGAGCAACGCCCCGGGCACCCCGCGGGACGACGGUGAGAUGGCGGCCGCCGGGACCUUCCUGCACCCGUUCCCGAGCGAAAGCUACUCGCCCGGGAUGACCAUGAGCGUGUGAUGGGGCAGCAGCCCCUUGCCCACUGCCGGCCUCGGCUUCUGCCCAGUGCCCCUCCCUGCCUGGGACCAAGGUCCAGGGGCUUGGGCACUCUGCUGGGUGAGGGUCUGAGGUCACACCUUGGGUGACUGUACUCCAUCCAGUUCAAGGAUUGGACAGCUGGGAGGCCCCGCACGAAGGACUCUCAUUUUAUAAAAAAAAAAAAAAAAAAAGACAAAACAAACAAACAACAAAAAAAAAAACGCAAGGACCUCAGAGACUUUCUUUCCUUACAGGCCCUACCUGCCAUUUCUAUUUUGUCCCAGGGGGCUCCUUGGGGACCUCCUUUCCCCUGGACGGCAGGGGUGGGCCCCAUCAAUAAAUGUAACUUGGUUUUGGUUUUUGGUA